CCUCCUGAGCCAUGAAGGACGAAGGCUGGCAACUAUCGACGGUCGCCUGGGGAGCCGCGCUUUUCGUUUUGGUUUAUUUAGGUUUCUUGCGGCGUGUUACUGGUGCGGCUGGCACAGCUUUUCACCGCCGGCGGUCGGGCCGCUUCGAAAAAUCUUUCAGUCCUCCCGUGGACGCGGCUUUUGGACAACUUUUUUUAGUGCCAUUUUUAAUGCGGAUGAACAAUUUUACUGCUCUACGCUACCUUGAUAUUCCUGAAGAUCCUACUUUCGUGCCAUUGGUGGCUUCAGAAAGAAAAGAGCACAAGUCAGGAUCAAAAAAUGUCUCAGCAAUUCUCCAGAGUUUGAUGGAAUCAAGUUCAUGUUCUGCAAGUUCUGCUUUCAGAUUUAAAGGGAUUCAGGAUUACUUGAAAUGCUAUAGAUCUGGAGAGAUGACGCCCCGACAAGUUGCCAAGAACAUUAUUGUUGCUCUGAAAGAAGUUGGGAAAGCAGAUCCUAACCUCCAGGCAAUUGCUCAGUGGAAUGAGGAGGAGAUAAUGAAGAUGGCUGAAGAAUCCACAGCUCGUUACAGAGGCAAACAGCCUCUCUCGCUCUUGGAUGGAAUUCCAGUGUGCUUAAAAGAAGAAAUUAAAGUGGUGCCCUAUCACCACCGAAGUGGAACUGUAUACUUGGGCACAAAGCCGGCGACUGAAGAUGCCACUGUGACAAAGAAACUACGGGAGGCUGGUGCCAUUAUCAUUGGCGUCUCAAACAUGCAUGAAUUGGGUAUUGGGACCACUGGAUGUAAUCCUAAUAGAUAUCAUGGCACAACUAGAAAUCCAUACAAUCCCCAGCAUUUUACUGGUGGUAGUUCUAGUGGAUCAGCAGCAGCAGUGGCUGCAGGCCUCUGUCCACUGGCUGUUGGUACAGAUGGAGGUGGUUCUGUGAGGAUCCCAGCUUCUUUCUGUGGUAUUGUGGGAUUGAAAGGUACGUUUGGACGGAUCAGUGGAUUUGGGUGUCAUCCUCUCUCAUAUUCUACUGUUAGUCUUGGUCCUCUCUGCACUUCAGUGGCAGAUGCUGCUAUUGCUUAUGCUACCUUGGCUGGGUCAGAUUUACAGUAUCCAUAUGGAUUGCACCAACCUGAACCAUCCUUCUCAGAAAAUGUCAACACUGAUCUGAAUGGUUUAAAAUUGGGAAUUGAUUGGAGUUUCUUUAAGGCAUGUGAUACUGAAAUCUUAGCUGUCUGUCAAAAAGCAGUGGAGUUCCUAGUGGACUUAGGAGCCUCAAUAGUUGAAGUAUCUUUGCCAGAGAUAGAAGAGGUUCGCGUGGCUCAUGUAAUCUGCAUUCUCAGUGAAAUGAGAGAUUUCCUGCAGCCUGACUUCAACAAUCAGUUUGAACAAAUGAAUUUGGAGACUCGUUUGAACCUUGCAAUUGCUUCUCAAAUCACAGCCCUGGACUAUAUUAAGGCAAAUCGGCAGCGGAGUCGAAGCAUGGCUUCCCUGAAAGAGAUAUUUUCAAAGGUGAAUUGUCUCCUUACACCAGGUACUGCAUGUUGUGCCCCAGCGAUCCAUGAAUCAGACCUCCUGACUGGAUGUAGUGAUGUUCAGACAACUCUACGGACCAUGAGAUACAUGCAGUUGGCCAACUUGACAGGCAUUCCAGCCCUAGUGGUACCAGUUGGAUAUACAAUUUCAGGGCUUCCCAUCAGCCUUCAGAUGAUGACGAAAUGGUGGAAUGAAGCGUUGCUGUUCCAAAUAGGCCUGAAACUGGAGCAAUUUCGUGGUACACCAGCAAAACCAAUAAUUUACUAUGAUAUUCUGAGAUAAUAUGGUUAGCUUCAAAAUUCCUUAACACUUCCAGUUCCGUACAGUUGUCUGUUUAAAGUAUGAAUGGCUUAAGGGAAGACAGUUAGAAAGGUUUUCAGAACAGAUUCACCAGCUCCCAUUAAAAAAUGCAGAGAAAAUUAAAUUGGAAUGAAACAGUAACUUACUAAAGGAUGUACAGUGCUGUAGGUGUCUGCGGUGUUUACAGUUUAUACUGAUACCAAUUGUUUAUAAAACAUCCAGAUGCUGCAGAGUUUUGUGAUGGAGCAGAUUCUAUUCAGAUACAAUUUGUUUGAAUGCAUUUUAAAUACUGUAUGUGGCAUUUGCAUUCAGCAUAUAUAUAUAUAUAUAUAUAUAUAUAUAGGUCUUUGGUUCCUCAGAAAACCUCAGAAAACACACACACACACACACAUAUAUAUAUAUAUAUACAUAUAAUGGCAUAGUAUUCUUGAUGUUUCUUGCAUGGAAAAUACUUUUUAGAAAGGGUGAUGGGCAUUUACAGAUUUUUUUUUAAACCCAACUCUGACAAAAAAACUAACAAUAUAUACUCUCUAGUGAUAUUGCACAAUUGUAUUUCUUUAUAGUUCAGCAGAACGUUAAUUUCUUGUGUCAAAAUGAAAGCAAAUCAUUUUACCAGUUCCUAUAGGCUUGUGCAUCCAUGCUCCUUUUCAAAGUGAUAGAAAGCAAUUGAUUCAGAAAUUAUGAUGCCUCUUAGUUGGCAUCACCAUCAUUAAUACAAUAUUUCAUGCAAUGGAUUUGUUCACUUAUCCGAGUUUGAGAUAAAAUUAAUACAAUAUUCAGAAAACUCUGGAAAAUGCUAUUUCUUUUCCUGAUCAUGUGAAUGUGGCCAUUCUCAGGAUUGAUGUGGCAGUUUCCCAAACAUUAAUUUCUAAAAUUGAAGUUUGGACAUGCCUCAAAAUAGUAUUUAAGAAGUCAUGGAAAUAACAUACAUAUUAUCAUUCUAAACCAAGCCAUCCUUAGGGCAAACAAUAUUGAAGACAUGAGAAUUUUUUCAGAAAUAAUCUUAGGAUAGUUGCAACCAUUGUCAUAAUAAUCACCAGACUAGACUGACUUUUGGUUUUGAAAUUAUCGGUGGAUAAAACCCUGGAUUUGGAUAUGAAACCACAUUCUCAGUAGAUAUUUCACUGAAUAAUAAACAUAAUAGAAACUAGUGUUUUUUUCAGCCUUACCUCACACAACAGGCUGUAUUCAAUGAACGAGAAGAGGGAAUACACAGAUUGUGCAGGUUUUCUUGAGUUUAGGAGUGGUGGUCUCAAAUUAAUGUUAAAUUGAACAAUAUGAGGGCAUAAGCCUCUGUAAAAGCAAGUAACUAUUCCCCUUUAUCCGUUCCUUUGUAACAUUCACAAAAUUUGUGAUUGAUUGAAAGUUAAAAUUCGGUCCUCCUUAAUAAUGGUAUAUUGUUAAAAUGAUAAGAAUAAGACUCGUUUCCUAGAAAAGCCUUUCUGUUCUUCAACCUAACUAAAGUAUUCUGGUAUAAAGUAAAUCUAAAGCCCUUAGUAUACAGGUAGUCCCUGAUUUACAACAGUUCAUUUACUAACUGUUCAAAGUUACAAUGGCACUGAGAAAAGUGCCUUAUGACCAUUUUUCACUCUUAGGACUGUUGCAGUACCCUAAUAGUUACAAGAUCAAACUUUGGAUGCUUGGCAACUGACUCAUAUUUAUGACAGUUGCAGUGUCCUGGGGUCAUGUGAUCACCUUUUGUGAUCUUACAAGCAAAGCCGAUGGGGAAGUCAGAUUCACAUAACAACCAUAUUACUAACUUAACAACUGCAGAGUCACUUAACAACUGUGGCAAGGAAAGUCAUAAAAUGAGGCAAAAUCCAAUUAACAAAUGUUUCACUUAGCAACAAAAAUUUUGGCCUCAAUUGUGAUCGUAAGUUGAGCGCUACCUAUAUUAGAAAACUUAAAAGUUUUUUAUUAUUGUCAAAUUUUGUAAAAGUACUGGGUGAAGGGCAUCCAAAAAGGAUUCUCAAUCUCUUACAACAUUGAUUUUCCUGCUCUUUUAUGUAUUUCAAGUGGUAUUUCUGUAGGGGUUUUUUUUGUUUCUGUGAGUGGAUUUUAUUUUGUACUAAAUGUUUUGCCACAAUCUAGUACGGCCAAAAUAUACCCCAGAAAAACAAGCAGCGGAGCAUCUAUAAAUAAGUAAAAGCAAUUAUUGUCACACUUGUCAUUCCAUUAAAGAAAAUAAAUUAAGAUUAAGAUUUUGCAUAUAUAAACUACUACAGAGGAGGACUUAAUCCUCAUUCCCAAUUUGUCUAUAUUCUUUUCACUUUGGAAAAAAAUGAUAAGGUGCUUAACAUACUUCUAUUAGAAAAAGCUGUAGUUCUCAUGUUGCUCUGCAGUUCUAUAGGGCUCAUAUGUGCUGCUGUGCAUCCUGUCAUCUGCCCAAAGUCUAAUCAUUUUGUAUAGCAUCUUGACAUGUAAAAAAAUUCAUUAAAGCAAGGAAGAGGCAACUAUUAUGUGGCAGAAGGUUUAGCUGGCAUUCCAAGACAGGUUAUCUGAUCCAGGCUGUAAUAGCUGAGAGGCCAAGGUAAGAGCGCUAUCCAAUUUUGUGUUGCCAUCUUGUAGCCAUUUACAUGUUCACUGUUCACAUUUGGUAACUCUUAAUUCACAGAACUGACUGAAUGUUUUCACAAAAUAGCUGUUAUGGUCAGUCACAAAACAUUCAGAUCACAGAAUGAGCACUUGCUUUUAUCCCUAUUUCUGGGCCAAUGGACAUAGCUUCAAAAAGAGGGACUAAGCUUGCUUUCUUAGAUGCCUUAAGAGUGCUGAACAUUCUUAGAAGUUACUCAAGACUAGUAGUUUGCAGAGGCCAGUCCCAUUUAAUUCUUUUUAAUUAAAAAAACUGCCAAAGAAGAUGACCAUGGGCCCUACUUGGAUUACUCCAUUGCAGAACAAAGAAUUAAAAACUUGUGUUUAUCUGUAAUUAUAAUAAAAAAAUGAAAAGAC